AUGGCGUCGAUGAAGCUGCAUUUUGGAUGUUACGAAGGGACAUGGUGCGAGGAGCAGAAUGCCUUUCCUAGUGAAAUCUUGGCCAAUGCCUCACUGGCCCGCAUCUGCUACCCGCGUCCGUUGAAGACCUACAUCCUCGGCAAGGGCAGAUACAAGCCGUGGUGCACCGAUCCUCACGGCAAUCAGUUCGAGCCGAAGAAUGUGGCGAGUUGGGGAUGUAUGGUACUGCCGUUCUGCAAACUGGACCAACCGGGAGAAUUCGAUGAACAAAAAUACCUGAGACCUGUAGCUGAAAACGGAGAUCUGCUGAACUGCAUGGAUAUUUGUCCAAGAAACCAGAAUGGCCGUGGAUUGACGGACAAACCGGAUUGUCGACCCAUCCCUAGCAAUCCGGAAAACGACUAUUUCGGUGUCCUCAGCAUUACGGAAAAGAUGGAUUGGUGUGACGCGGAGAAGUCGACUCACAAAGCCCCGUGGUCACUCAACCCACCGUGCAAUCCGAUUCCGCAGUGUCGAGGAAAUGUCGAAGGACGUGCUCCGGAUGCGAGGGAUUGGCGCAAGAAUCUGCUAUACUACCAGAAAAAUGUCGACGGGGUUCCAUGCGUCGUCUACAAGCAGUGCAGUGCUUUGACGGAAGAGGAGAGGAUGAAGUACCAUUGCGUCGGCUCGACUAUGACAACGAGCACGACAAAAGCCUCGACGACGACAACGGCAAAGACGACUGCAAAGACAACGACCGAGAAACCGAAUGACGGGCUGGGGGAUGAGGUCAUCCUGAUUGCAGCUUUGGGUGGCGCUCUGCUGCUGUUCAUCAUCCUGACCGUCAUCGUGUUGUGCUGCUGUCUGAAGAAGAAGGACAAGGGCCCGAAGGGAAAGAAGCCGAUUGUCGAUGACAUG